AUGUUGAGUAACACAUCUAGAGCCCAUACCAAAACGGCGGACAGCGAGGCUACCGAAGGCGAAAAGUUCUACUCAUCGCCGUGGUCAGUCCUUAGCGAUAAUGAGAGCAAUACCUUCGAAGAAAAUGUCGGCUAUGGUAGCAGCCGUGGGCCGCUGGAACCUAUCGCAAUCAUCGGUAUGAGCUGUCGGCUUUCAGGGAGCGCAACAGAUGUCUCCAGUCUCUGGGAGAUGUUGAAAUCAGGACGGUCUGCAUGGACUCCUGGACCCGAGAUGAGAUUCAACAUGAAAGCGUUCCAAGAGCCGACGGGAACUAGAUCGGGGCCUCCGAUUAUCACGAAAUCGCCACGCGAGAUAUCGAACAACCACCGCUAUACCUGA